AUGACGGGCAACAGUUGCCUGGUGUGCGAGACGGUGUUUAAAGACGACAGCAGGUUACAGUCUCACGUCGCUAAUGUCAGUCUUGUUGGCGACGAGGAUACACCCGCUGACGGCGAACCUGCAGAGUCUUCAGAAGACAGCGUGAGGGUGGAGAUUUUCGAUACACUGACGGAGUUGUACCUUUUCUUCCGGGACGCCGAUCUUUCGCACAGGGAAGUUAACCGUCUGCUACACAUUUUCCGCAAUCCGCGCUUCAACCUACGGGCCCUCAGACGAUGGCGCAACUGGGUGGACGUGCGCCGCUGGGGCAUGGCGCGAGCUCCCGCCGACAUGGUCCCUUGGAAAACGGAGGAAAUAGUGGUGCGGGGCCCCAAAGGAAUGCAAAUGAAGCUGCUACUGCACUUCCGCGACACAGAGCUGAAGGAGAUUAAUGACGAGGAUGCACUCAUUCUAGGCGUGCUGAUAUACAGUGAUAGCACCCAGGCAUCACGGAAUGGCAGGAGGAACGCGUGGCCGGUGCUGAUCUCACUUAUCAACAUUCCGGCGGAAUUGCGUGGAGUAGAGCCUGGGCACACAUUGGCGGCGGUGCUUCCGUUCCCACCUGAGUGGGCAUCGCCUACGGAGAAGACGCGCGUCUUCCAGGAGGCACUAAAGAUCAUCCUCGCGCCCAUCAUGCGAGAGUCUGCAAGCGCGCCAGUUCGCUUCUUCUACUGCACAGACGUGGACGGUAAGGUGCACAAGGCGGUCCCUUGCCUGUACGGAUACCCUGCCGACUUCCCUGAGUCCAGCAGAGCAUCUGCGACGCUUCAGCAAGGGUCGCAUCGACCAUGCGCUAACUGCUAUGCAGACAAGGGGGAGUUGACCAUGAUGGUGGGGAAGGUAGAUCCACGUACCCCCGAGAAGCAGAGGGACAUUGUCCGACAGAUCCUGGCGUGUAAGACGCAAAGCCACGCUGACGAUGUGCGGAAGUUGUGGUCAACCUAUCCGAUCGAGUGCGUGCUUCACAGGUGGAAUUUCGCAGACACAGAGUGGGGCAACGUGUAUCUGGCAUGCCUUGCAGACACACUGCAUGUUCUGGACUCUGGCGUGCUGAUCCACAUGAUGGACACCUACAUAGAGCCGCUCGGGAAGGUUGAGAUGCGGCUGCUUGAACGACGCAAGAAGGAGUUCAAGGCCAUCACGCCUAGCGUUCUCCUCCGAAUCCCAGGGGGCUCAUCGUUCUUCAGUUCAGGCGCAAAUUACGCCGCGUUCGAGCACAGGAGCAUGAUGCAGAUAAUGCUGAUAUUGGUGGCUGACGAGAGUGCAUUGAAGGGUGGAGAGGAGGGAGAGCUGCGUGCUUUACAGGUCAAAGCGUUCCGGCUGUUUGCUGUGUUUUACAAGGCGUUUCUGGGGGUUGACAGGCACACACAUACAACAAUUGCGAUUGCCCGUCAGCAUGCGAUAGCGUUGGUGGAGUUGCUACCGCGGGCAUUUCCAAAGCAGGCAUCCCACUGGAGACUCCCAAAGAUACACAUGAUAAGGCAUUUACUGGACAACGUUGUGCACCGUGGGAUGCCGCACCAUUAUUCCACGGAAAUGUGGGAGCGCACGCACAAGGGCACGGUUAAGGGUCCAGUAAGAGGGAGCAACUGGAGCGACAUUCCACGCCGCAUUGUGGAGGAGGAGGUGCAGCGAGAGGUGUACCGUGAAGUGGCUGCAGACGCGGGGGGUGGGCGACGGUACGCGACCGCAUUGAGCGAGGUGCGUACGGGUGUUCUUGGUACUGUGAUGGCCAUUGGGAGUAUACAGUGGAGCGGUUUACCAGGGAAGAGUCGUGCCUCAAGCGGCGGGGAGUCGGAUCCAGUGUACGAUGAGUACACCGCCGCGCUUGGAGACGAGAUGAAGGGGAUGGCCGAUGAGUUCAAGGCGUUGGGGCUGUCUACCAACAACGUGCAGGUCCACACGGCGGUGGCCAUUCCGCGCACAAGGGGCGGAGAGCUAGUGGCGAAAAGGACAUUUGUGAAGGCGUCUCCCCGAGAGAGGUGGUAUUCGGACGUGGCACUGCUGAACAACAAGAAGGGAGACUGGUUUGCAAGAUGUAUGUGCAUCUUCAGGGCGGUUGACCGUGAUGGGGAGUGGAAGGGGUACGCAUACGUGCGGUACUAUGAGGGGGCGGGAAUAUGCAAGCUUACGGGGUGCAAGCAGCUGCACAAGCAAGUGGAGAAGGUGUUCACGGAGUUCGUGGAGACUGUAAAUGGUGUGCACUUCAGCCGUGAUCGCAACACCCUCAUCCUAACCAUUCACGAGGCGCAUCGCAUCACAGGCGAGGUCGCGCGACCCGUCACGGAGCACGGCUUCAGUGUGCAGCACCUCACCAACACCCGAAUCGUCAACAUUCGUGGGUCGGUUCCUGAAGGGGGCCUUCCGCACCUGCAGGGAGUGGAGGAUGCGCUGAAGGGCCAUUACCGCGUUAUGCUCAUGAAGCGUGCGAUAGCGGCGAAGCGGUUCCAGUUCGACUAUUCGGCAUCCAUCACUGACGUGGAUUAUGGCCUCAUGCUCGAGUGGCUGGGAGAAGCGUGGACUCGCGUGCGCGCAGCAACCAUGCAGAGGAGCUGGUGGCGCGCCGGAUGCGUGCCCCCGAGCUGGCCGCCACUGAUGGCGUACUUGAGUGACACGAGCGCAACGGGCAUGUUUGAGCCCCUCAUUGCGAUAUGCGUCGAGCUGCAGUUGCUCAUCGAGAAGUUCAAGAUGAGGCCUGCGUGCUAUAUGACGGCGGCCGAGUUCGUCAACUGCGACGCGGGACUCUGCGUGGAGCAGGGGUUCAGGGCCACACCUGCGGCCAGCGCGUCGGAUGACUCGUCGGGCGAGAUGAGCCUGCCAGACGGCCCACUGCUGCGUGACGAGCGCAGCAGGCGGCGCGUGAUUCGCAACGUAACAAAUGCGUACGUGGAGCGUGCCGACGCGCUCGGCAUUCCCCCGGCCCUCGUGCCAGCAGAGGUCGGAGCAUCUAACCAGGAGGUGAUUUCCCGCCUCGGCAGGACGCCAGUCAAGCGUGCGCGCGCGGGGAUGUGCCCUGAGGACGUGCCAGACCCAGCGGUGCGCGAGACAGAGGACGAUGAGUGA